AGCACCGUUGAAACUCCUACACAGAAAUAGCAGCUAGAUUUACCUUCUCCUUGGAAACAGUCUCCAGUAACCACAGAACUGACGUUGUUGACACUGAGGCUGCAGUCACAAGAAUUUCAACAAUUCAAUAAUACAGUUCAGUACUGUAGUAACAUAUAUAUGGUUUUUGUUUUUUCAGAGCCGUCCUGCUUUAUUUCCCUGUAAGAAUUCAGAAUACUCGUGAUAUCUUAUUUUUGUCUGGGGGAGUGAAAUAGCGAAGCCAACAUGUUUAAAGCCAAGAUAUUGAUAGUAGGGCCUAGUGAGUGUGGGAAAUCUAUUCUGGCGAAUUUUCUCUCUGAUGCGACAGAAUCAGUUGGAGGAGAAUACAGUCCGACCCAAGGUGUCAGAAUCCUGGAGUUUGAGUUCCAGAGUGUCAGUGGAUUUGAGAAGAAUGCAGGCUGUGAGGCUGAGCUGUGGGACUGUGCUGGUGAUACCAAGUUUGAGUCGUGUUGGCCUGCCUUGAUGAAGGAUUCCAGCGGGGUGGUGUUGGUAUUUAACCCUGACAUGCCCAGCCACUUGAAGGAGAUAGAGACCUGGUAUUCCUCCUUCGUCAGCACACAAGGGGUGCAGGACAGUCAGUGUCUGCUGAUCGCACACCACAAACCAGGCAGUGGGGCUGACAACAGACGCCUGGGUCUUUCCCCACAGCUGAGCAAGCUGAACCUGAUCCACUCAAACCUGGAGGAAGACCCCGAGGAGGUGCGGCAGGAGUUCCGGCGCUACCUCGGCUCUGUGGUGAAAUCACUCUCCGAAAGCAGGGAGCGAGAAGAGAUGUCCAUCAUUAACUAGAGUCCAGCGGAUCCACAGCCGCUGAGCUGGACCACACACCACCAGGAGUGCCCCCUUCACACCUGGACAGAUGGUUCAGGUUGAAAAUGUAUUCCUUUUGCACCCUCACCCGCCCAAUACAGUAUAUUGUACAAUGCAUAACAUAUUCUAUUGGCAUCUCAGGUGGCAACAUCUUAAGGUCUUGUUGCCUAUACAUUUUGUACUGGAAUCGGUACAAAUAACAACACUCAGAACCCCACAAGAAUAUUCAGCUCAGUCAAGUUGUCAUUGCUUUGCAAAUGUGCAGUGGAUUAAUCCAAUGCAUGUGUGCAAAGCAAUCUCUUUGCAGUGAUUCCUGAAAACAUGCUGUGCAAGUUCAUCAUUGAAAACUGCGUUUGCUAGUCACUACAGUAUGUAUGCUAAAGCUGAGGAUCCAGGUGGAGGAAAUGGUAACUGAAGCUCAAUUUCUGAUUUGUGGCUUUUUAGAUGGAACCCCCACACUGUAUAUUUUAAACUUUGUAAAUCUAAAUAUGUUAAGUCAGUAUAAAGCUUUAAAAAUGUAUGAAAGCCAAGUUUGUGUACUUAUGGAGUAUGCUUUAAAAACAUGUUAUUUGUAAAUUGUUUGUAACACAGUGAAUUAAAAUAUUUACAUUUGUAAAUAAAGCCUGUUUGUAAUAUCUAUCGUA